GCCCACAUCGCCCUCGUCUCCGCUCUCGCUCGCCACCGCCGUGAUCCUCCUGUCCCGCAUGCCCUGGCGACGGCCUCCACCCGGCGCCCUACACAUCCUCCUCCUCGGAUGCCUCUCGGCCGUCGCUGUCCUCCGCCCUCCUCCUUUACUUCCCACGAUUGAGGUGCUCGAACUCAUGGCGGCCACGCUUUCUUAUACGGGCCCUUUAUCCACGGUCGCCGCCGCAGCGCCGAACUAACGGAGGUUCCGUUAUUCCCGCUUCGUUCCUAUCCGGUCUUGCUUGCUUUGAGAUUCUAACUUUGGCUGACAUGGCGCAAUAUAAGGAUCCGUCCAUAUGAUCUAUUUAGUACGGCGGACACCAAGCCUCAAAAGCUUGCCUUUGGGGCGAGCACGGUACUUAAUUGGAAUCCACUCAUCACCAUCACGAGCACCUAGCUAAAUAUCGGAUCCGAUCUCUUGGGCUAUCUUAAAUUCUUCAGUGAGAUUGCGUUCGUUUGUGUGCCCGAUGGUUUUUUCGGCCUCUCGAGACAUUCGGAGAAGACCCUAAAUCCAGAGUGACUGAGAUGGCCGACAAGCCAAGCCGGGCGCUGGUGAUAUACGGGGACGGCCACGCUCCUCUGCUCUCUCCCUCUCAUGCCCAUCUCAAUUCAUUUGCCUCUCGGGCCUCCUGCGGCUUUCUUUCGCUACGGACUCCCCCUCCCACCGUCUCAGAGUCUGAAGAUGACAGAGUGGUUAGAGAACUAGCACAGUUAUUGGACGCAUAUGAUUUCUAUACAGCAAGGAAUGGACAACAUGAAGAAGCAGAUGCUUAUGCGAAUCCGAAGGAAUCUUCCAUCCUGACAGUGUCACAGAGGUUUAAUGGUUUGAGAGCUGCUAUAAUUACUGCUUGCCCAAAUGUUAGAUCUUUUGCUAGAGAGCUUGGUUUCAGUGUGUUGAAAAUUGAUGAGUUGAUCAUGCAAAAUGAUCCCUUUGAGAAACACCCUCAAGAACUUCCUGAAGAAUUAACAUCUAAGUUACUAAAGUUGCUAGGCUUUGCUGGAGGGAAAGUUCUUGAAAAAAGCGAGUUUGAUCUCGUGAUUUUGCACAUCAGAACUAGUGAAAAGUCAAAAGAUCUGAAAGAAAAGAUGGUCGAUGGCACUGGUGUUGAUUGGCUCAACAUGCUUAUAGGUGGAAUUAUGCAAGCAACACAGCCUGGAUUAGAUAUUGCUUCUCGUCUACACUUCUCGAUCAUAUUGAGUUAUGGAACUGUUUCUGCAAGCCAGGAUAGUUGCUCCUUUAUUUUGAACUCUGGAACAGAAACAAAUUCCAGUCUAUCUUUUCUUCGCCCUUGUCAAAGUUAUAACAUGAAAGGAGGAAAAAUAUUAGAUGGCAUCAGGCGUCACCAUCCAAUGCUAAUUGCGCAAUGGCAGGAGGGAGUAACCCGCAGGGAUAUGGCUAUGGAAUUCUCUUUUAAAGAAUUUAAGGAGCGUGGUGGAAAUCUUGCUAUACUUGCAGACAGAUUCCUGCACGAGGUGGCAUUUAAGCUUUGGAAGGCACCUAAAUAUGGAGCUUGAUGCUAUCAUUCAUGAAGGUGCAAUUUCUUAAAUAACUAACCUGUUCUCAGACUUGUAAAACCGUAAGUAUGUUUAAGUGUCUCCGCAACUUCCGGGUCAUCUGGCCAUUUUGCUUUCAGAGUUUGUCAUAAAUCACUUAUGAGACUCUGAGUUAAUCCUUCCAAGAAUAAGACUCUUUUGUACUUUCACUGUCCCUUCUGUUUAAGUAUUAACUUUUUUCUUACAAAAGUAGGAAUAGGCCUCUAAAAUCUCAGAAUAUUUUCUUUA